AUGCCGGCGGACCGCAUCAUCGACGAGGACGAAGAAUACCAGUCUUCCCAGGAUUCCGAUUUUGCGCCGGAUGACGCGCCCGAGGCUGCGUCUGGCUCCUCAGAGUCUGAAGAUGAACCCGACGAAGCUGCUGGAAAACGCCGACGGCCGGUGAACGAGGCAAAGGCAGAUGGAGGAGAUGACUAUGACAACUCAGGCGAUGAGGCCAUUCUUGAGAGAGGCCGCAAGCGACAGAAACGGGCCAAAGCCAAGGGCGAGGCCGUGGAUGAUGAAGGCGGCGAAGGCGGCUUGAUCAAGACGAGGAGACAACGAGCAGCAGAGAAAGAGGAGCGCCAGUAUGCCUUGAGCUCAGGGCCCGUAACGGUCGACAUUGAUGCCAUCUGGGCGGAGAUGAAAGCAGGAGGCUCUUCAGCUUCGGCACAAAGGAAGGAAGAACAAGACAACGCAGCAGGCGGGGAUGAAGCCGCAACCACAGCCGACAACGCUGGUCCGAAAGAAGACGAAUCUCCCAUGAUCCGUAUCAAGCGCACCUACAACUUUGCCGGCCGAGUCCAUACCGAGGAGAAGCUCGUCCCCCGCGAUUCAGCCGAAGCCAAGCUCUACCUCGCAUCUCAGGGCGAAGAUGCUCUACCGGAUUCCCUACCUAUCAAGAGACUCACCAAGAAGGCGUUUCGAUCUUCUUUCGAGCCCGCCAUCGAGGGAAUAACCAACCGGUCGGACCUCAAUCUCGGCGUCGCCGCCAGGAUGAAGGCGGCCAACGAAGCGCAGGCGAAGAAGCUCAACACGGUGGAGAAGAGCCGCAUGGAUUGGGCCGGCUUCGUGGACAAGGAGGGCAUCAAGGACGAGCUGGAGCUGGCGGGCAAGUCCAAGGAUUCGUAUGCCUCGCGGCAAGACUUUCUGGCGCGAAGCGAGGCGUUACGAGAGGGAGAGGCGAGGAAAGCGAGGGUGGCGGCACGAGUCUAG